AUUAGGCCCUAUAUAGAUGAAAGGAGGGAGUACUCUUCAUAAUUAAUGUGAUCCUUCCGUCCAAAGAAUGAUACUCCUCAUAAUUACUGUAAUCCUCCUGGCUAAUUAGUAGUACACAUAAUUAACUGCUCUAACUAAUUAAUUACAUGCAACUAUGGGCAGGGGAUUUAGCCAGGAGAUAACCGAGACAAUCUUUAGGUAUUAAUGGUUGCCUGCAAAACCGAACUAAACGAGAUACGAAUCUAUCAUCACGACCGCAGACUCAACUGGGAGACCGGUCACCAAGUUGGGAGUACCACUACUCCCUAGUCCAUUCCCACCUUGCUUGCUCUGUCUCUCAGUCUUCGCUUGUGCUGGUCUCUUCUCUCCAGGAGUCGAGUUCUUUCUCCACGACCACCACCAGGCACCGACCACCACUGUGCAAGAUCAAUGGAGUGGGAACCGGAGCAACAGGAUCUCGGAGGCCUCGGGCUCGCGGGCAUCUGUCGCGAGAUCUACCGGGUGGUCUUCCGCUCCAUCCUCCCGUACGCGGCGGCCGGCGUGGAAGCCGCGCUUCUCUCUGUGCUUUUGCUCGCCCACGUCGCCGGUUACCACGGCCUCAUCGGUUUCCUCGUCGGCUUACUCUUCGAGGGCGUCUCGAUAAUCGUCCUCGUCUUCUUCUCGCUUGUCUGCACCGGCCUCUACGUGUUCCUCAUCGCCUCCCUCUACUGUACCCAGGGCGACUUCCGCGCUUCUCGGAGACUCCAGCGACACCUCCCUCGUGUCCCCCUCACGCGGCUCAUCCCUACGUUCUUCUUCGCACUCGCACUUGCCUAUAUCAUAUUGCUCUUCUCCGUCGUCGCUUUGCUCCUGCUCCAUUACGAGGUCGGCCUACCGCUGCAGCUGCUGGGCGCAGCCGCUUGCCUCGCCGGAGCGGCCUACGUCGCCCCGGUUUUCCACCUUGUCUGCGUCGUGCCCAUGCUCGAGGACGCCGUCGUUUUUGCCGCUAUGCGCAAGAGCCGCGCGCUCCUCACCGGCAAGUUUUGGCCCGCGGCGGCCGUCUUCGUCACGCUCGACGGCUGCUUCGUCGCCCUGCAGCUGGCCUUCGCGUGGCUGGUGCUGGACGACGCGCUGGGCCUCGGCCUCGGGUUCCAGCUGGCUGCGGGAGUGACGGUGUUCGUGGCUCUGUGGGCGGUGGUGCUGCUGACGCUGGCGGCGCAGCCGGUGAUCUACAUGGUGUGCAAGAACCACCACCACGAGGUGGUCGACAAGGUCCACCUCGACUACAUCGGAGAGUAUGAGCGACUCGCGGUCGACGGCGACAACGGCGUGGAGCUGCAGCCGGUGGCGACGGAGCAGAUCACUGAAACUACUGACUAGCUAGCCGCGUCCUGCAUGUCGACGACUCCACCAGACCACCACGAUAGUGCUAACUAGUACUCCAAGAAGCUUUCUUUCUGCUAGUACUACUACCUCAUUUUCGGUCUGUAGGGUUUAAUUCAAAAUUUUCAUCAAUCAAAGUAGAUGAUGAGUGGUAGAAUAACUUUUGUAGUUUGCAAAAAUACUCAUUAAUAUGUUUUUUUUAAAGGACGUGUCUACCGAGCGGCUGGGGGCUCGAUAGGAAUCCGUGGCGGCCUCUCCAUUUUUAAUAUGUUUUUGUCUUAAUCAAACAAAUUAGGAAUUAUUUUGUCCUCCUAGUCAGAAAAAGACAAAGACUACACGAUAUGUUUAACCAGAAUUGCAAAAGCACACACACGAACAUAUGUGAACGCAUUUAAUUCAGAUUUAAAAAAUUUAGAAAAGCCAUAACUUUUGAACGAAAAGUCGAAAUUAAGACCCGCUUUCACUGCUGAAAUCCUCGCGAUGUGCUCUUCGAAACUAGAUCCCACAUGGAUAUGUUUCGAUAAACUUUUUUUUGUGCAAUUUUGUCCCCGUUUUGUGCAACUGGCUAGUUGUUGAUGUGCAACUACCUAAUAGUCGAUGUGCAACUUUUUCUUUAUCCAUGGAUGUGCAGUUUUCAAUGAUGACACCUCACCUCAAACUACCCACUAUCAAGUGAGAUGUGCAACUAUGUCUGCUGCCCCCAGCCAACCGCUUAGUAGUCGAUGUGCAACUUUUCUCCUCUAGUUGGAAGUGCAAUUUUCACUGUUUGCUACCUCGGCCAACUGCCAAGCAGUGGAUGUGCAACUUCGAAAACUGUCCUCCCAGCCAACUACCUAACGGUUGAUGUGCAUGUGUAACUUUCCUCAUACCCGUGGAUGUGUAGUUUUCAUUGCUAGCACCCCUUUCCAUCCAACCCAGCUAGUGAGAUGUGCAUCUUGAGGGUCUCACCUGUAAACAUUAAUGUGUGUGUAACUAGACUACAUUACCAUGCCAACUGAGUAUAUGUGUGUAACUAGUCCUGCCAACUAAACAUCAAUGUGUGUGCAACGAGACUACAUUGUCACGCCAACUAAGUAUAUGUGUGUGCCAAUAGUUUUGCCAACUAAACAUCAAUGUAUGUGCAACUAGACUACAUUGCCGCGCCAACUGAGUAUAUGUGUGUGUAACUAGUCCUGCCAACUAAACAUCAAUGUGUGUGCAACUAGGACUACUAUGUGUGCAACUACAACUGCAGUGGAUGCCAACAAAAAAUAGUAAACAAUAGAUCAACUUACACCCAGAUCCCAAUUCUCGGAGCAACCUAACAUGUUUUAGAGUGAAUAUUCGUCAGUUGACUUGUUACGAUCGGUGAAUUACACCCUAUCCUCACAAUGCCGACAAGAGUGUGCAACUCCGCGGUUAUACGUGAGCACCUCCCACAGUCGUGCGUGUGCGACUAUGCGUGCAAGAGUGUGCAACUCCGCGACCAUGUAUGUGCGAAUAUGUUGAUAAGAAUGUGCAACUCCACGGUCGUAUAUGUGACUCAGUAGUUUCUUUAGAAAAUAGAACAAUAUAAGUCUGAAUUUUCUGAAAACUUGUAGAUGAAUUUCAAAAGGGAGGCUAGCAUGUUCUGAGCACUUAAAUUGGAACCAUGCACUUGUACUGCACAUGCUCAGAAACUACAGAGCACCAAAUCGGGUUGAAUCCACUAGUACAGUACCUGUAGAGCACCAAAUCGGCUGCAAAGCGAGAUGCACCAAAUCAGCUGCAGACCUGAAAUGAAAAU